AAAAAUAAUAUAAAAUUCCGUACUCGAUAAAAACAUAUACAGUAUCAAUACCAUCUAAUACAUAAGAGAAAAUUCUGAAUCAUCGAUUUUUCCCUUUGUACCAAAUAGAUGUAAUACACACACCUUCACUGUGAGAAAAAAAAAGAUGGUCGAAUCUGAAUCCAACAUUCCGAUUCUCUUUCAAUUCCUUGAAACUUAAAUCGUUCAUGUGAAUUGAAGUGAAAAACAGGAGCAAGAAUCACUUUGUAUUUUUUUAUUUAAACUUUUUUUUCGAUUUUGUGUUUUUGUUUUGUGUUAAAUAUAUAAAUUUCGUUUUGCUGCUGCUUUGGUUCCGCCUUACGUCUGAGUGUCGGUGAAGAAUGAACGGUGGCGGCGACGGUGGAGAGGUGGCAUCAGCUGCGGCGGGCCCACCCGCGCCGCUGGAGUGGAAAUUCUCCCAGGUCUUCGGCGAGAGGGCGGUCGGGGAGGAGGUGCAGGAAGCAUCGGUGUUGCAAAAAUUAGGCUCGUGUGAAACUUUAGUCUGUGCAACAAUUGAUAUAAUCUCUGCAAUUGAGUUUGACAAAUCUGGUGGCCAUCUAGCUACUGGUGACCGUGGUGGAAGAGUGGUGCUAUUUGAAAGGACUGAUAUAAAAGAGCAUGGUGGAAAUCGGAGAGAUUUAGAGAGGACAGAUUAUCCAGUCCGACAUCCAGAAUUCCGUUAUAAAACAGAAUUUCAAAGCCAUGAACCUGAGUUUGAUUAUCUAAAAAGUUUGGAGAUCGAGGAGAAAAUCAACAAGAUUAGGUGGUGCCAGGCAGCUAAUGGUGCCCUCUUUCUUCUGUCUACUAAUGACAAAACCAUUAAGUUUUGGAAGAUCCAGGAGAAGAAAGUGAAGAAAAUUUCAGAUAUAAAUGCAGAUCCGUCUAAAGCUUCCGGAAAUGGUAUUGUUGCAAGUUCUAGUGUUCCCCCAAGUCCUAAGCAGAGUCUUGCUAAUGGAGGCCAUUCAGACCGAUCUUACAACAGUUUGAGCGAUGACUUGUCCUUUCCACCUGGGGGCACUUCUUCACUGCGGUUGCCAGUGGUAGUUGUACUUAACGAAGCUGUACUUUUUUUUACUAGGGAGUUACAAGCAGUGAGACGAGCCUUCAGGCCAGAUGCAGGAGAGUAUAUGCACAUGCACAUGAUUACCAUAUCAAUUCAAUCUCAAAUAACAGGUGAAUCUUGCUUCUGCCCGUGUUGUGCGUAUGAACUCCUUAUGCCCUUGAGUGAUGGUGAAACAUUUAUAUCAGCCGAUGAUCUACGGAUAAAUCUUUGGAACUUGGAAAUAAGCAAUCAAAGUUUUAACAUUGUUGACGUGAAGCCCACGAACAUGGAGGAUCUGACUGAGGUAAUAACAUCAGCCGAAUUUCAUCCUACCCACUGCAACACAUUAGCAUAUAGCAGUUCAAAGGGAUCAAUCCGUCUCAUUGAUUUGCGGCAAUCUGCAUUAUGUGAUUCACAUUCUAAGAUUUUUGAGGAACCAGAGGCACCAGGAUCAAGAUCUUUUUUCACUGAGAUAAUUGCUUCCAUAUCGGAUAUUAAGUUUGCGAGGGAUGGCAGACAUAUACUGAGUCGUGAUUACAUGACCCUUAAGUUGUGGGAUAUAAAUAUGGAUUCUGGCCCAGUGGCGACCUUUCAAGUUCACGAGUAUCUGAGACCGAAGCUUUGUGACUUGUAUGAAAAUGAUUCUAUAUUCGAUAAAUUCGAGUGCUGCCUGAGUGGUGAUGGUCUUCGAGUAUCAACUGGCUCUUACAGCAACCUGUUCCGAGUGUUCGGCUGUGCCCCAGGCAGUACUGAGGCAACUACACUGGAAGCAAGCAAAAACCCAAUGAGAAGGCAAGUGCAGACCCCCUCAAGGCCUUCGAGAUCCUUGAGCAGCAUCACUCGUGUCGUCCGACGAGGUUCAGAAAGUCCGGGAGUUGAUGCCAAUGGGAAUACAUUCGAUUUCACCACAAAGCUGCUCCACCUGGCAUGGCAUCCCUCUGAAAACUCGAUAGCCUGUGCUGCUGCAAAUAGCCUGUACAUGUACUAUGCGUAAAUUACGUAUGGUAAACUUAUCAAAGCUCGUCUGUUAACAAAUUGGGAGCUCUUCGUUUUUUCUCACACCACACGAGAGUGCCUCAAAAAUCUUUUGUAGUCAUUGUCCGAACAUCGAGGUCCACAGGAAGUGAUGGUANNNAAAAAAUGAAACUCACAUCCUCCGAGCUAUACACGUAGUCAUCAUCCCUUGUUCGUCUUCUUACUCCUUCACACCUUUACAUUUAUUCAAUUUUCAUUUUUUUGUUCUCUCCUGAAGUUGAAAUAUGGGGCACUGUACUUUACAAUGUUGGGGAAAGGAAUGUGAUUGCAGCUCUCCUACAAAACAAAAGAAAUUGAACAAUUGUACUGUCCCUAGCUCAUUUAAGGUAAAUUUAGUGUUGUUUUUUUAUUAUCCUUUUUUUCGUUGGUUGAAGAAAAAGGAGAUACUGCUUAAGUUGCAGCAGGCCCAGGGUGUUGAGGAUCAUUAGGUUUAAAUUUGGGUACCCCUAUUGGAGGAUAAUUUUAGCCCCCUUUUGCC